CAGAUAGUUUAGUUACUUUUAGUUAUAUUCAAAAUGUGAAACGCCAGACCACCAAAAGCUAGGUGACUCACUCAAUUAUUUCUAAAAUGUAGGGGGCAGCUUCUAGUCUAACCGGAUAUAGCAAAGUACGCGUGUUUUUUUCAGGCGACUAUCUGACCUAUUUCCGGGAAAAACAAUACCCCGUAGUAAGACAGUUUGCUGACUCCCGUGUCUUUAUUUUGACUAACCAUAAAGACCGUCAAAAUAGAAGGAAAAUAAAUUUUCCGAUAAAAAGCCGGGACACCUUAAUCCAUUGCCUUCUUCCGUGUUUCGAAUACGGAAGAACUCGGUAUGAUAGGCUCGUAAUGAAAGACGUUGCUCAUUCCUGUAUACCAGUUGGAUAACCUGAUUCCGAGUUUAUUUCGACGCCCCCAAGGAAUAAACCUGUAUUAUUCUAUUACGGACUUUUUACUGUUAUACCAUUUUCGGUAUCUAUGGGUCGGGAUACACUUAUGCAAUUUUUUUCAAUUUUAUUCUGCGGUAAUUUCCAACGGUUUUCCUUAUAACACUUUUGUUCUUUGGAAAUUUUCUAUUUCUUAUUUACUAGAACAAUCUUGAAAUACAUUAUUACUAAUUAAAUUCCGUGGCUACAUUUCGGUAAAGUAAUAUUACUGUAAAAUAUUUCAAAAAAAAGCCGGUUAACGCGAUUACAGGUUUAUUCUCGUGAAUUCUGUGGUAGACAUUUUCGGUAAUGCACUGUUACAGUUAUCAUCCGGGACAUAAAUUUAUACCAACUAUACGUAUUGGCGGUAACUUGCUCGCGCUCGGCGGCUCAAGAACGCGUUUCUACAUGUAACGCACAUUACGCACACUAAUACUAAUAUGCGGCGUCCGCGAUGGUCAGUGCAUCUCUUUCUUAACACGGAAAUAAACUGCGACAGAUUAUUGCGCACGCAAUAAUAGUUUGUUUACGUGAAUCACGAGAGUUAGUUGCAUUUGUUGUUCUAAAGUGACAUGACGUUAUUAAUGUAAUAGCUAUUGUGCGUGAUUUUUGUUGCAAAGUUUAGCGUCUUACAUCGUGUUGAUAUAAUAAUUAUUUUAUUAACUAAAGAAAAUAAGUGUUAUGGCAUCGAAUCAAGAUCGUACUUUAAAAAACCCUCGUGUUAGAAGAAUGUUAAUGAUGAUUGACGAUACUGACGAUCAGGUUGCAACAAGUUUAGCUGGCUGGACUUACUUCAAAUGGGAACUAUGCUAAUAUCGUGCAAGAGAGCAAAGCUGUAGAAUCACUGUCCAUCGAAACAAUAACUAAUUAUAAUUUACGAGAUCUACCAAAGAAAAAAUACGCUGAUUGUGAUAAAGAUGUGAGUGAUGCUGAUUUUUCUCCAGAUUGUUCAGAAUAUGUUCCAAGUCCAGAAAGAAAUCCAGUCAAUAGCCCAUCAAGUACGUUUUCGGGUCAUAGCGGAAAUUCCCAAUGCAUAGAUAGAAUUUUGAACACCUCAAAAGUAAUUGAUACUCCCUCUACUAUUUCGAAUUUAUCGCUACUUUUAACGAACAGCGACUUCAUCGCUUCUUCCACCACCAUUUAUAAAAUGAAUAAUGAACAAAAUUCUACAAUUGAUGCUGUCCAGUACAAUAAAGAAAAGCAAUUUGCAAAUUUAAGUUUAGUACCUUGUUAUCCUUUAGCCGAUAAUCUGUCAAUUGGAGAACUCGAAGAAACAUUGCAACCUGAAAGCUCCCCCGAAGUUAAUAGAACUGUCAACAUGUCUGUUGAUAUCACACUAACUGAUAGUUCCCAAAAUGAACAUCCCAAUUUUAGAACUGAAUUAACACAAAAUUCAUUAGAAUUUGAGCCAAGUAAUUCAGACGAACCUUCCACAUCACACAAUGAAAAAAAAAGAACGAGAAAACGUGCAAUGAAUGAAGACCAGUGGUCUAGCAAAAAAAACAAAUUACUUAAAAAUGCUGGCCAGGCUUACGAAGGUUGUCAUAAUAAGAAUAAGUAUCCACAAAAAGUAAUGGGUCCUGUGUGUUCAUGUAAAAUGAACUGUGGUAGCAAAUUUACUUCUUCAGAGAGGCAAGACUUAUUUGAUAAAUUUUAUAAGCUUUCUGAUCGAGAACGCCAAUGGAUGUAUAUUAUUAGACAUACUAAAACCGAAAAUAUCAAACGAAUGACUCUAGAACGGAAAAAUAAUCGCACACAGACUAUAAAAUAUUUUUUUUCUUUAAAUAAUGUAGAAUUUCUUGUUUGUAAGAGAUUUUUCCUAAACACUUUAAAAGUUAAUGAACAAAUGGUAUAUACAGCAAUAGAAAAAUUUAAAUUAGACGAAGGGAUUACAGACUUAAGAGGCAAGCACACCAAUAGACCUCGAAAAAUGAGCUCCAGCACGGAAUCGAGUAUUGAGAAGCAUAUUUCAUUAUUUCCUAAAGUAGAGUCUCAUUAUACAAGAAAAAGCUCAACUCGACAAUAUUUGUCACAAGACCUCAAUAUAUCAAAAAUGUAUCGUUUGUACACUGAGUGGUUUCCACAGCAAAAUUAUGUUGAAGUUACGAUGGCGACAAAACGUCAAUAUGAAACCAUUUUUAACACAAAAUUUAACUACUCAUUUUUUAAGCCUAAAAAAGAUCAAUGCUCUACAUGUUUUGUAUAUGAACAAGCCAGUCCAUAAGAGAAAGAGUCUUUAGAAGAAAGCUAUAGACGUCAUUUAAGUAGGAAAGAGAGAAUUCGGCAAAUUAAACAUGAAGAAAAGAUGACAAUUGACAAAAACGAUAGCACAAUUGCUAUCUUCGACCUGCAAAAAGUGUUAAGUAUUCCACAAUCCACAGUAGGCAUUUUUCAUUACAAACGCAAGUACCCUGUGUACAAUUUUACUAUUUUUGAUGCUCUACGUAAAAAAGGAUAUUGCUACGUGUGGCAUUACCAAAUCGCAAAACGAGGCUGCAUAGAAAUUGGGAGUUGUUUGUUGCAAUUCUUGAAGAGUGAACAGGAGCGAGGUGUUAACAAGAUCUAUUUUUAUUCGGAUGGUUGCUAUGGCCAAAAUAAGAACAGGUACAUUUUUGCUUUAUAUGCGUAUACAGUAAAAUCUUUAAAUUUGUCUAUAACGCACAGAUUUUUCGAGACUGGACAUAGCCAGAACGAGGGAGACUCGAUGCAUGCCUGUAUUGAGAGGAACAUGAGAAAUAAGUCUAUUUACACACCUGACCAAAUCUAUAUCUAUCUAUACUUAUAAUAAAUCUGUAGAGAG